AUGAUGUCCUUCCGCACAUUCCUCCCUCUGUCCCAGCCCAGCUUCGUCGAGAUGCCGCAGCUGCUCGGCCUCAAGCCGAUCGUCAACACCCCGGAGCUGUCCAAGCCGGUCAACAAGUGCUCCCUCAACUUCAUCCUCUCGAGCGAGAAGGCCAUCGCGAAGCCAGCGAUGCUGCCUUCGUUCCCGUGGACGUCGCCGCAGCGAGGGUCUUCCAACAAGACGUUCGCCCCGGUGCUCGCUCCUCCGUCGGGCCCGUCCAAGAUCGCAAAGCGCCGCCGUCUUCAGAAUGUCAGCGUGUCCAACGGCAGCACGAAAGUCUCGGGCAAAUCUGAAGUGGUGCUCGCCAACGGCACGGUCGUCAAGAAGGGCAGCAAGUACUGCAUGGUCGAAGGCUGCACCAGUCGGGCCAAGCACGCUCGCCGCUGCUGGCGUCACGGCGGCUCCGUCAAAUGCAAGGUCCCGGACUGCGCCAACCGCGCCAAGACCAAGGGCGUCUGCUGGUCGCACGGCGGCGGCACCCUCUGCUCGUUCAGCGGCUGCACCACCAUCUCCGUCUCCAACGGCGUCUGCUGGGCCCACGGCGGCGGCAAGCGCUGCGCGAUGGAGGGCUGCGCGCGUCCGGCCUACGAGCGCACCGAGCACCUGUGCACGCUGCACUUCGAGGAGAAGCAGUACAUCGCUCAGGUGCACAGCAGCAACGUCCAAGCAUGCCACCAGCACCACUGCUAA